AUGACGUCCAAUACUGCUCUAACCCCGCCCAUACCAGGCACGGAAGCGGACGAUAUCGCCCAACCACCACCGCGAAAAAGACGUCGAAGAACGACAGCAGGCGGAGCGACCGAGGACUGCUUCACCUGCAGGAAGCGGUCAGUCCAGUGCGACCGGAAGAGACCGUAUUGCACUCAAUGCCUGGAUAUCGGAAAGGACUGCUCGGGUUACAAAACUACCUUGACAUGGGGCGUUGGCGUAGCAAGCAGAGGCAAACUCAGAGGCUUGCAUUACCCAAUUGCAAAUAAGAAUGUUGACGGAAACGAUACGCUACCAGAGUCGGAAGGGGCAACACCUAGUCUGCCACUUACCAUCCCUCAACCACCCAGUAAUUGGCAAAGCUUGAGCCUCCACCAAAGUCUGCCGCCGCGGCGCAGUGAGUAUGGCAGACAGAACUCGUUUGUGCUACCACCUCUACAUCGUCUUCAAACUGCGCUAGGGCCGCCAUAUAGGAAUCCUAGCGUGCCGAACUCGGGUGUAUCAAUAGAAUCGUACGCAGAGACCGAGUUUCACUCGCCACUGGAGUACCCGCAGACACCUGGGUCUGUCGCCUUCGCAGACCAAACGCGGAACCCGUUCGCUGAUCAGCCUUUGGGCCGUGUCACAAGCAACCCGUAUACGCCAGCCACUCCGCCAACAGAUGCAUAUACCGAUUCUGCUGGCUUCCGUAGGUCUAGCAAUGCGAUGGAUGUGUCGACUAUGGAUCCUAGUCAAUCACAGCUUAGCCCCAUGGAUGCAAUGUUCUACUCCAACGCCGAUGUGGCGCUCAGCGAUCUCGACUCGUUUACGGCUUCUGUCGAGGAGAUGAUGGAGGACGAAGAGCAGAACAGCUUGGCGCUUUUUGACUCUCGCUUCUCUAGCCCGUUCUUCCACCUCACGCCGCGCUUGCAGUCAUUACUGGAUCACUACGAUCGCUGCAUCUGUCCGUACCUUGUCGCCUUCGACGGCCCACAGAAUCCCUACAGAAAGCACAUCCUACAACUAGCCGUUGAUAACGAAGGCCUACAAAAUGCGAUUGCAGCCUUAGCGACCAACAACAUUCGUAUGCGGCAGAAACAGCCGCAGCAACUUGGCUUCGUCGAGGAGCUUAUGGACGCGCAAAGUCCGAAGGAUGCUCAAGACUCCAAGCAAGCGAUGAUAGAGGAAUCGAUGUACAAGCAAAUCUCGAUUGACCACCUGAACGUUCAACUCACCGAGCGUGGUGCCGCACAUGACGACUCCGUCCUCGCUACAUUACUGAUCUUAUGCCUGUUCCAUGUCUGCGAUUCCGGUUUUAGCAAGUUCAAGACUCAGCUAGCUGGCGUGCAGAAGUUGCUCUCCUUACGCAACCCAACGAUCCAGUCAAGCUUCACUGGAUGGGUCCAAAUGUUCUUCACCUGGUGCGAUGUCAUCACUUCCACGGUUAAUGAUCGCGAAGUGCAAAUUAAGGGUGAAGCGCUGGAUAUGCUUGACUUCUCGGCCAAUCUAGGCGGGCUGGAGCAGUUCUCUGGCUGCGAUGGCAGGCUCUUCAAGCUCAUUGCGAGGCUUGGGCGGCUGAACCUUCUGGCGCAGGGACGACCGGUCAAGGAUAGUAAUGGGAUCGUGAGGACGCCGAGAACCUCAGCGAAACGAACGACGACCCGCUCAGGACGAAGGAUGAGGCCUUCAACCAAGUUGUUGGCGAACAAGUCGCUGUCUCCGCUUGACUAUGAGCAUAUAGAUGGCAAUGGCUGGGGCACACCUAUCAUCUCCUCUGAUGAGGACGCAGAUGGUACAGCAGACGAAGGACUUGCGGCUACUACUCAAGACGAACGUCGUGAGUUCUGGGAAGAUUGGCACGACCUUCGCAAUCGCCUUCAAGCGUGGCAGAUGGAUGCUUCCGUUGUGCCUGCAGCGCAUGAUCGGACACAGAUUGACGCCGGUUACAGAGACCUUGACCACAUCAACGAAUCGUUCCGCUAUUCCGCAUUGCUUUACACCGAGCGGCUUGCCAGCCCAGUGCUUCCAUCUUCACACCCGCAGUUCCAGACCUUGGUUUCUCAGGCGCUCUAUCACAUCACAGCUCUUAGUGUCACAUCGUGCGUCAACAAGUUCCUGCUAUGGCCUCUGUUCAUCAUUGGGACCGAGUGCGUUGACGAAGGCCAUCGCAACAUCAUCCGAACCCGAUGUGUUGAGAUUCAACGCGAGAGUGGCUUCUUCAACAAUCUCAGCGGAUUGGAGGUACUGGAGCGUGUGUGGCGCGAAGUCGGGGAGAACACGCAGGGCAACGAGGUGGAGGAAGUGAGGGUGCGGAGGAGAGACUCUGAGGCGGGCAGAAGGGGUGCGAGGUAUGGCCAAGCUUUCCGAUGGCGGAAAGCGAUGGAUCGAGCGGAUGGCGAAUACAUUGUUAUCUGA